GAAAAAGAAGAAGAUGUGUCUCGAACGCUUUUGGUGUGUUUUGUGUUUGUGGUACAGAAAAUAAUGUGUUUUUUGAUCAAAAUUCUGAAUAUUUUGGGUAAAACAAAAUGUUCAGCACCGCAGGAACGAGUAAGGAUUUAAAUGCUGCAGAAAUAACGCAACUGUUUAUUGAUACAGCGCAAAAAGUGGAGAAAUGUUUUGGCUUCGAAGUGGCAAAAUGGCUGGAGCGCUACCAGGAGCUGCGAAAACAGCCCAAUUUCCCAGAAGCUGCAAUGCUAAUCAUAAAUGCCGCUCAAAUCUACGGCAGGAAGGUGGAUUAUGUGGAGGAGAUUGUUUACAACAUUAUGCGUGAGAGCGAAUGCCUCAAGAAUGCAGAGAAAAGCAACAAACGCAGCGGGGAAAAUGAAGGGGAGACGACGACGAGUAAGAGAAAACGAGUAAAGCGCUUUCGUCCGGAAACGCUUUGUGAAAAAUUCCACUGUGUGGAGUUCCUGCCGAAGGAGUUCAAGAGUCUCCCAGCGGCGUCGCUGUGUGAGAAAAUAGUCCGGAAGGUGCAUCGUCAGGGAGGGUUGAGUUUUGAGGAUGAAUUUUCAGGAUGGACCAUACGAAGGGAUGCGAAGGGUGCAAAGAAGCAUCCCCGGAGGCGUCUGGAGAUUGAGGAAGAGGACUCGCAUUACACAUCAUUUGGGGAAAGUCACAUUUUUGACUACGACGGUGAGGAUAUAGUGGGACGUCGGAGAGAUUUUACAGUGUUCAGCGGGCAUAUUGAUGCAGAAACUCAAACCAUUGGGAAUGAUAUAAAUCUAAGGAAGUACUACAGACAAGGGCAAGUUGAAACUACGUGUAAUGAGGCGAAUAAUUUGGAGGAUUGUACCCAGUCUAUGCUGAAAUCAAUCACUGUGGAGGUACCAUCAGGGGAAGAGCUCUCAACGCAAGUAGAGGAGUCCAAAGAAGGAGGAGAGUCUGUGCAAAUAGACAGCAAGGAAGGAGGGGAAUCAAUGGAAGUUUCCGAAGAGAAUCACCUGCAAGAAGUGCCUAAAACACCCCAAUCUCCGGAUAUUUUGCUUAGCGAUGACGAAGGGAUCGGCAUGUCGCAGAGUACCAUUCAAAUUGGCGAUCUCAGUCAGACGGAUUGGCGAAUUUUGUCACCAAAUGUGGAACUUGUGGACUUUAUGGAGCACAUCAAGGAUGGCCCUCCACUUGAAUUUGAUGGAAAAGUAUCCAUAAAGAAUCUCUUGGGUAUAGACAGUGCAUACCUCACGCAUCCUGAGGACUUUUCACUUCCACUUAAUCUUUUUGAGAGACGAAGUAUCGUUGAGUACAAUAUUCUGAAACUUCCGGAGAAGAAGCUCCGGAGCAGGUGCCUCUUUGCACUACCGAGUGAAUGGAUAGCCGAACGGAGGAAUGCGGAGAAGCCCCUGCCACCUCCUCCACCAACUCGGAGGAUAUUUAAAUUAGAUCUCAGUCUUCAGAGCAUCCCAACACCCCCAUCGACACCAGAACCGCCGGAUUGUGAAGGUUUCCGGGGAUUUGAUGAGUCAGAAAUAGUGUCAACAGAUCUCAGCUUCACGGCCGUCCUUUCAUCCACAGUUAAUCCAGAAAAGAUGUCCCAGAUAAGUCCUCAGAAGCACCCGAGAAUGUCAGCAGAUUCGGGCAUUCAAUCCCCGCCACACUCAAUGGAUGUUAUGGAUUCAAUUCUCGAGGAGAAUACAUCGCAAAUUCUCUCAAGUACCAGUGAUUCCGGGUAUGGUUCCAUCCUGAAGUCCUUCAUUGAUGGUGAAUCACCAGUGAGGGCAAUUAAGGAUGACAUGGAUGUUCUGUGUCAAUCUGCAGAGCCUGUGCCGAUGAGUGUUGAAGUGUCGGAGCAUCAGAAGAAUCUGCAACGUAUUGCAGCUGAGAAGCAUCAACAGAGUGUUGACGAUAUGAAGCGUAUGACGGAUAAAGUAAAUCGCUGGCAUGAGUAUCUCAAGCCCAUUCUGCGACAAUCUCAAUCUCGGGGGCAUUUUGACAUUCACGCCUAUGGCACAGAGAUCCUCAAUACGGUUAAUCCGGAGAAGAAUCCCGUAGCUAGUAGCUCAAAAAUCACUCUGGGUGGAUUUAUGGAAGCAAAGAAGGACUUUACACUCCUGCCCAGGUACUUCCUCUCAAUGCUACAGCUCAUCAACACGAAGAAUAUAAGCAUUUCGGCAAAGCGGGACGUGAACAAAGUUACAAAUCUCCAUGACAUUCAAAUACAAUUCCAAUCAGCUGAGAGGCAUCACGAAGAGAUGAGUUUGGAGCUGAGCUUGCAAAUGGGGGACAAGAGGAAGAGAUCUCCGUCGAAUGAAAUGUUACCGGAAAAGACAAUGAAGAAGCACCGCAAGGGAAAUAGCAACAAAUGAACAAAAAUUCAGAUGAAAAGAAAAUCAUCAUUUUAUCCACAUAACGAAUAUGCGAUAGAGUACAAAGAUUUGAUGUGUAAAACGUAUUUUAAAGAAAUUUUAACAGAUCCAGACAAAAUUGUAAAUAUUUUACACACUGUUUCACUGUAAAAAAAGAAGAGUUUACUGUUUCAAGUAGAAAAUUAGCUUGUAAUUUAGAAUUUUCCUUUUCUAAAAAAGAAAGUGCAGCAGAUACAACAAAAAUGUGCAAAAUCUCGGAAUAUUUUCUUAAAAAGUUCAAGCAAUUAGCAGAAAUUAAAUAAAAAGAAAAAGGAAUAAAUCUUCAUAUACAAAAA